GAUUGAAUACAAGGCCAGGAGUCUGAUCCUAAUCAGAUUGACCUUGGCAGAGGUGCCUCAGCAUGUCCUGCUAAAUCCAGUCAUCCUUUGGAAUCAUAGAGAGGUCUGGGGUUUUAAUGAUGGCUCUGCGGCACCUGCUCAGUCUCUUGCUCCUAGAGUGGGCAUUGGUUGGAUCCUCCUCAGCUUCACUGGAAAAUGAAGAGCAGCCAACGAUGUACUCACCCCCUCAUUGUAAUGGUCCUUUUAUUGCUGCACUGCCUGGGAGAGAUGGACGAGAUGGGAGAGAGGGACCCAAGGGAGAAAAGGGAGACCCAGGUGAAGGGCUCAGGGGCCUCCAAGGAGAUCCAGGGAGUUUGGGGCCUCCUGGACACCCAGGGCCACAAGGACCUCCAGGAAUCAAGGGCAUGAAAGGAGAACCAGGUGAAAGCCGUUCUUCUGUAUCUGGUGAGCAACUGAAGGUGAUCUCAGAUUUACAAACUAGCCUCCUGAAGCUGACAGCUGCUCUCAAGUUAUACGGAAUUGCAGUUCAAGUGGGAAAAAAGUUUUUUGCCACCAGUGGCAUGGCUUCUGAUUUCCUCACAGUUAAUAAGACUUGCCAUGAAAUAGGAGGCACUAUUGCUACUCCAAGGAAUGAAGAGGAGAAUGCUGCCAUUCUGAAAAUUGUGGUGAAGCAUGACACAUAUGCCUUUCUUGGCCUGAAAGAGGGAAGAACACCAGGGGAGUUCCAUUACCUGGAUGGAUCCCCCGUGAACUACACCAACUGGUAUUCAGGCACUCCAGAUGGGCAAGGAAGUGAAAAUUGUGUGGAAAUGUAUACAGAUGGUACUUGGAAUGAUAGAUACUGCUCCAAGAGCCGCCUUGCUGUCUGUGAGUUCUGGCCAGAGCUGGACCACUGGACAAAAGAAUGAAGGACUUACUGGUGAACCUGGGUGAAUCAUUUAUUUCCAAUCUUGGUGGCCAAAAGGGAAUUAAAUCUUCUGCCUCUCAGGUAGGAGUCUAUGAUAAAGAAGUGUUAAUUGAAUCCUAUUUGUAGCCCAUAAAACAACAUGAAAAUCAAUUCUGUUUCCACUGCCAGGAAUGCCCAUCUCUCUAUACCCCUUUUCUCUCUCUAAUCAAAUCUUAACCCAUCCUCCAAGGCCUAGGUAAAGUUCUGUCUUUUUCCCAUGUGGCCACACAUGACUCUGUCAUUCUACAGUAAUCUCCUCUUUGGAGCCUAUAUAAUUUUGUACCACCCAAAUUAAUAUUUACCAACUACUGCUUACUCAAGUUACUUAAUGUUUCAAGUGGGUAUACCCACCUCCCCAACUUGAGUUUAAACUUCUGAAGGAAUAGGAAUUUGUCUUCUCUUUCCUUAGAUUCCAUGAUACCUAGCAGAGGGCUGGGCAAACAUAAGGUACUCAGUAAAGGCUUAUUGAAUAAUUGAAUCAAAACAAAUUAAUUUUUAUUGGUUUGAAUUCCUGUCUGGUUUGCUCUAGGAAGUGAGCCCAGGGGCAGUAGACCAUUAUUCCUGAACACUAUCACAAAAUCCCUCUGAGGGAAGGCUGAAGGUCACCAACUUGAGUGUACAAUGCCCCAUGCUUUCACUGAAUCAACAAUUACCAAGCACAUAGGUGUCAAGUAUCUGCCACCCCCUCUGUAGCCCAGAUCCAUUCUCAAUGUCUGCUCCUUCUACUUUUUUUCCUUAAAUGAAGUCUCUACUCAGGAUGUGAGUUGCCUUUCCACACAGAUUAACGUGCCAGAGAAGAUGCAGACUUGUCUCAUCUCUCUGACACUGAUACCUGUAAUUAGCAUAGAUUCCUUCCUUAAGUUUAUGGGAAAUUUACAGGGGAAAAGAUGAAUGGAUGAAUGGUAAAGGUUGUUAAAAACAAUAAACCAAAGAAGUUACUAACUUACAAAUGUCCCAACAGCUGAGCUGGAACUUGUGUGGGGCCACUAGAGCACAGUACCAGGGCAAGAUAUUUCUAGAGUGUUUUUUCCCAGGCUCACUUCCCUACCCACUAGCCCCUGCCAUCUCCAGUCCUGCCCCUAAGGUCUUCUUUUUCAGUGGUAUGUAUGAUUCCUCCCCUUGAGUCAAGAAACUUAGAGAGUUUACCAAUUUUUCAGCUUUCUCCUCUCCUUGCUUCUAUGAAUUUCCUCCCCAGACCACCCUGUUUCCUAGUCAACCUUGUCCUAGGGCUUGCUUCCUCUCUUCUGCUCCAUCAUCCCAUCUCUCCUGUCUCCUUCUCCUUUGCUCCUACUAAUUGCCAGCCCUUCAGGACUACUGAAACCUGAAUCAUCCCUCCCACCACCUGCUGUUUGUCCGGGGUGCAAAGAUUGCCAAUUCCAACCCUGGAAAGAGCAAAUACUUGCAGCUGAAUUUAUUUGUCCAAAUCACUGAAAGAGAUAAAUAAAAUGCAACUUUAUUCAGAGCAAAAUUUGAGAGAUUCUAUGGAACUUAAAAUAACAUUCUCAAGAAAUAAAAACUUGCUUUAUAAAAACUACCCAUUCAAAGUUGGGCCCCAGCUACUCCUGUAAUUUAGUUCUUCAUAAGAUUUUUUUAAAGACGUAAAUCUACCAAGUUACUUCUCUGCUUUUAAAGUUAUUAGCCAAUAGUAAAUAGGAGGGGAAGGGAUGACAACUGUGGGCUUGCUACUUUACUGCUUUAUGUACAUUUUAGGAAAAGUAAGUAUCUACAGCUUGAUGCUUAGCACCAGCCUUGAACCUUCAAAUUUUGUCAGGAGUUUAAAAUAUAAUCACUCAAACAUCUUUCUCUCCCUCCUCACAAGUCCAAGUCAGAUAAAAGCAUUACUCUGCCUCCUUAAACUGGACAAUAUAGACAAUGGCUUUAGAAAUGGUGAGUCCUUUUGAGGUUGAAGUCAGAAUGUGGCUUGGGUGACCUAUACUGAGAUUAUUUACAGAUUACUUUUGGUGGCAUUAUCAGGUGGGUGUUCACCAUGAAAUCCACCAUAGACCAACCCAUCAUCAUCCUGUCAAGCCAAGGGAUCUUUGAAAGGGGCUUACAUAGAAGAACUGUGGUUCUGAGCCUCGCAUAACUGCUCACACUGACAUGAGUGACCUGAAUUUCACAGAUAUGCUGUGUAUACACAGUCCACGGGCCUGGUUUAGAAUCAAUGAACACGUUGCAUAGAAGAACCAAAUAGAGAAACCAGAUGGUAGCAUAAACCCUUCUUUGUAAUGUUAUGCAAGCUAGUUUCUUUAAAUUCAAUUCAACUUAACAAACAUUUCUAUAUAUCAUAUUUUCUUUCUCCUAUCUGUGACUUUAAAUCCAAACAAUUACAAGUAGGUGUUAUAAUUUUACUUUGAAAAAUAAAUUGUCAUGCUACUAUCAAUUGA